GCGGAGCCGCAGCUGCGCGUCUGUUAAUGCCACCGCGACCCUCACGUCCCCGCGCAAUUCUCCACACUGGGUUGGCUACUUCAAGGCGUGAGGAUGCGAGCGGUGAUUUAGUUUCAGUGUCUUUUCCCGUCCGCAGAAGCUUAUUACCUUUCUCCCGUACGCACAAACGGAUUUAGCCACACGAAACAAGGUUUGUGGCCCUCAUUUGCAACUUGGAAUAUGAUGCAGAGACCCUGCUCUCCGAAGGGAAGUUGGAUGGGAUUACAGCCACACGUGUCAGUUCUUGAUCAAUGAACUCAGUCCAGUCAAGCACAAAAGGAAAUAAUCCCAGUUACUGAAGAAAAAGAGGGGAUUUUACAACACAAUUGUGUGGACAUGGCGGCGACCGAUGCUUGCGCGACACCCAUCCAGGAAGAUGGCACCUGUACCAAUGAUAAUAAAACAGAAGUGGAGCCCACAAACUCAGAGACGGUCACAGAGACGGUCACAGAGGCUGUCACGUCUCCACCAGAAGAGGCACAACCUAUAGAAGAGACCCCACAGAGCACAGAGCAGCCGGCCGAUGGCAAAGCUAAACAGUCGUCUGACAAUAUUUUCUCUUCCUUUCUGAAUAAAAGUGGGUUGGGAAAAGUCAUGGGAGGGAGGAAAAAGAAGGAGCCCGGCACCGAGUCUGUGGAGGCUAACGGAGAGGGCCACAUGGAGCAGAAAAAGGCUUCAGACCAAGCAGAUGAGCCGGCAGCCAAUGGCACAGAGGCAGUGGCAGAAGAUCAGGCCAUUGAGAAGGUUCCAGAUCACGAUGAAGUCGCAUCAGAGGAAAAGCCAUCUGCCUCCAAGGAUGUCAAGCCAAAACAUGGGGAGAAGUCCAGUGUCAGGGAAUUAAUCCGUAAACCUGUUGCCAGGAUCUUCUCUCACAGAAGCACAGAAAAAAAAGAUGGAAAUGGAGAGCCCGAGAACCAGGUGAAGGUCAGAUCCAAAUCUUUGGACAGGUUGGAGGACCCUGAGGCCCUCAAUACCACAGUGGACCAACCGGGAGAUUCCCCGGCUGCAGAAGAGUCAGAGAAACCUGCCUCCGUUGCUGCAACCAAACAUAUGAAACGCUGGCAUUCCUUUAAGAAGCUUAUGGCCCAGAAGAGUCACAAGAAGAGCUCAGAUGAGUCUAAGGAAGCUGAGUGCGUGGAUGGUGCGUCUGGGGGCACACCUGGGGACACAGGUACACUGGACUCAAAGACUUCAGAAACCAGCGGACAGAAACGGUGGAAACUGAAGAGGUCAUGGACAUUCCAAGGACUGAAGAGAGACCCGUCAGUUGUAGGGAUCAGCAAAGCCACAAAGGGCGAGAAGGAUGAAGGGGAGGAAAAUGCCACAGAGAACAAUGAAGCAGCUGUGGCCGAAACUGAUGAAGCAAAGGCACAGGUAGAUGGAGAAGCACAGGAGAAGACAAAUACAGAAGUAGAAGAGGAGAAAGGAGCUGCCACUGCCGCAGCGCCACACAAAUCAAUGAACCAGCAUGCUGAUGAGAUCUGGACUUCCUUCAAGAAGCGUGUGAUCCCCAAGUCCAAGAGGUCAGCAGACACGUCUGUUGUCAGUGGGGAAGAGGAAACUGCUGCCGCGGCUGAGCCAACUGAAGUGGUCGAGGAGACGGACGAGGCAGGCAAAGAGCAGGCCAAGUCGGCCAAGGCCAAGCGGACGCACUUCAACCGCGCCGUGUCGUUGAAAAACUUCAUCCUGCGAAAGGGGAAAAGCACCAGUGUGGACCAGGGAGAGGGAGCUCCGAAGGAGUGUGAGGAGAUGGCUGAUGGGGAAGCAAAGGACACAGAGGGCACAGAUGCCCCAGUUGGUGUGUCUGACAGCCAGCAAGGAGAAGCAGAAGCUGCACAAGAAAAGAGUAACAACAGUGUGGAGGCUCAGGUGGUCAAUGAUCACACAUCCGCCAACGGAGAGGCAUCCACAACGAAUGCGUUGUCUGGUACCGAGUCAGAGAAGGCCAACUCCCCUGAGCCCGCAGCACCGGCAGAAUCCGUAGCCGAGGUGAAAACCAACGGCGAGAAUGGGUGCUCGAACGGCACACCUGAAGAAAGUGCCACACACAAUCAUGAAACAACCCUCAAGGAGGCUGGACCAACAGACGAGGCCAAACAAGAAAACACCAGCUCUACGAAGGAUGCCAAGAUCCUGAACCUUGGCACGGGAAAUGCAGUUGCCCAAAGUGAAAUAAAGGCGGGAAACGUGUGACGCCACACAAAGAGGAUUAGACCUGCAUGGGAUUCGUUCAGCGAGGAGCUUUGAUUUCCCUCCCCUUUCCCUCCCCCCACCCCCAAAACGGAGUAAACACACGUUUACACCACGAUUCACCAUGGUGAGAGCGAUGCAAUCCAUAUAGAUGAAAAAAAAAUACUCAAAAGCAAUAAUUUAGUCACCAAUCAGCGCAGUUCUUGCUUACCGUUCCAUGAUCAAUGUAAAUGUUUUUGCUUGUCCUCUACUAGUGAGAUUUUAUAUUGUCAAAAAAAAAGAAGACAUUCCAUCCUUGUGAAAUGUUAAUCUCUAUGAUCUGUCAUGCCAGGAUCAAAAAAAGACUGUUAGUUUUAUAUCAAUUGCCAUUUUGUUUUUAGUUUUUCCCAAUAGAUAUUUCGAAGUGCACCCAAGAACACAUAUGAAAUUAUUGCCCUAAAGACUGCCAUUCAGUGUGGAUUCAUUAAGGAACGUGUUCUAAUCUGUGUGUUAAUGUUUUUAGACUGUCGUGUAAAUGAAUAAACCACCAUAAAAUAUUG